AUGACGCUGCUCCCCCGGAAAAAAAAACCCUUCUGUGCUUCUGUGCAUGAGGUUGGCGGGCUGCUGGUUGUCUGCUUGUUUCGGGUGUACUUCUUUAAAUUCGGCUGUCGAACUGUUCAACGCAACUUAUUUACCAAAUAACUUACAGUCACGCGGAACCAUUUCUGUCGGAUUAAGUCAGCGGUGGUUGCCCAGCCAUGCCGUCCACCGCUGGACCCAGCAGCCCCGCCGCUGCGCUGGCCGAAGCUCUGGAGAACUCUGCCCGGCUGAUUGACAGACAUCUACAGGACGACCGCUGCUUUCCUGACCUGUCAGAGCUGCUCAGCGUCCCCUCACACAAUAUGCCGUCCCUGUCUGGAGUGUCGGAUAUGGACUACCCCCUCCAGGGACCCGGUUUACUCAGUGUGCCAAACCUCCCAGAGCUCAGCGCUGUUCGCCGAGUCCCUCUGCCACCUGAGCUGGUGGAGCAGUUCAGCCACAUGCAAUUUAACUGCAUGAUGGGGGUUUUCCCUGAGAUCUCUCGAGCGUGGCUUACAAUCGAUAAUGACAUCUUUAUGUGGAAUUAUGAAGAUGGAGGAGAUGUGGCCUAUUUUGAUGGCCUGAUUGAAACUAUUCUGGCAGUGGGCCUUGUGAAACCAAAACAAGGGAUUUUACAGCCACACAUUCACUACCUCUUGGUGCUGGCCACGUCUGUAGAUGUCGUCAUCCUCGGCCUCAGUUUUCCCAAGAGCCAAGCUGGGUUGAACGACAGCAUGUCUGGUGGGAUGCAGCUGCUGCCAGACCCCCUGUUCUCAAUCCCCACAGACAACACCUACAUCCUGUCCAUCACCUCCACCGACCUGGGACGCAUCUUUAUGGCCGGGAAGGACGGCUGCCUCUAUGAGAUCGCCUACCAGGCCGAGGCCGGCUGGUUGAGCCAGCGCUGCAGAAAAAUCAACCACUCCAAAAGCUCUCUGUCCUUCCUCAUCCCAUCUGUGCUCCAGUUCUCCUUCUCUGAAGAUGACCCCAUUGUGCAGAUUGCGAUUGAUAACUCACGCAAUACACUCUUCACACGCUCUGAGAAAGGUGUCCUGCAGGUGUAUGACCUGGGAGCUGACGGACAAGCUAUGAGUCGUGUGGCAACAAUGUCACAGAGUUCUAUUGUUGCAGCUGCUGGAAACAUUGCCAGGACAAUAGAUCGCUCUGUCUUCAAACCAAUUGUCCAGAUCUCUGUGAUUGACAGAUCUGAGUCCUCUGACUGCCACCUGCUCGCUGUCACACAUGCCGGUGUGCGUCUCUACUUCAGCACCACGCCUUUUGCCCCUCCACACCAGAAGCACGUUGCAGUUCGGCCCAGCCUGCUAGCUUUGGUCCACGUCCGUCUGCCACCGGGGUUUUCUGCCUCCUCCACCCUGCAGAAACCUGCAAAGGUCCAUAAAGCACUACACAGCAAAGGUGUUCUGCUAAUGGCUGCUUCUGAGACAGAGGACAGUGACAUCCUCUGGUGCAUCAAUCACGACUCCUUUCCCUUCAAGAAACCUUUGAUGGAGACGCAGAUGAUGUCUAAUGUAGAUGGACACUCUUGGGCUCUCUGUGCCCUCAAUGAAGAAAAGCCAGCCAAGAUUUUUACUCCUCUGAACAAGGAACUCAUUCCCAUCACCGAUUCCCCUGUGGUGGUCGAGCAGCACAAUAUCCCUCCGCAGAAGUUUGUCCUUCUUUCUGCGAAGGGGAGUCACAUCUUCCAAAAACUGCGCCCAGUAGACCAGCUCCGUCACCUCCUCGUGAGCUGCGCCGGAGGGGAAAGCGAAGAGAUCGAACGCUUCUUCAAGCUGCACAGGGAGGAGCAGGCUUGUGCCACAGCGCUGAUCCUGGCUUGUUCCAAUGCAGCCAGCGACCGAGAGGUUUCGCAGUGGGCCACCAGAGCCUUCUUCAGAUAUGGAGGAGAAGCACAAAUGAGAUUUCCUGCAGCCAUGACAUCUCCCAGCACUGUUGGGCCUGUGAUGAGCUCUCCAGCACCUGGAAUCGUACCCCCGGCAUUUGCCACACCUUUUACACCGAUGCCCUCUGGAACGCCCUUGUCAGCCGGUCCAGAGGUGAUUUUCUCUGGAAAACAUAACGGCAUCUGUGUCUACUUUGCUCGCAUUCUUGGAAAUAUUUGGGAUGGCAGCCUUGCAGUCGAGAAGACCAUAAGCAAAGGAAAUCAGUCUGUCAGCAUUUUGGAAAGCUGCGUUGCUGCAGGUGAUCUGGAGUCGGUCCUUCUGGAGCUCUCUGGUUUGCAGGAGUUUCUUGAUAAAAACUCUCAGUUCAGUCCUUCUUCUCUCGGUGCUGCAAGCUUCAGCUCGCCUGCCAACCUGCAGCAAAGGCUGCUGGGAUUUAUGCGUCCUGAUGGAGUCGGCUCUCAGCAGGUUCAGCAGGAGCUUCAGAGGAAAUAUCACACCAAGGCUCAGGUCUAUGAGAAAGUGUCCCUGCAGGGCAUCCAGCAGUUAGUGCAUCGCUCUUAUCAGACUCUGGCCCUCUGGAAGCUCCUCUGUGAUCAUCAGUUUAGCCUCAUUAUGUCUGAACUACCAAAGGAGUUCCAAGAGCAGAUGAAGGGAGCAAGUUUUAAGGAUGUAGUGAUCCGGGGCAAGGCGUUAUCUGGAGCGCUCAUCACAGGACUCAUUAAUGUCUACAUCAAAGAUAAUGCCUCUGUGGAUGCCAUCAGUAAUCACCUUCGGGACAUCUGUCCCCUGCUGUACAGCAGCGAUGACAGCGUUUGCUCCAAGGCUAAUGAGUUGCUGCAGAGCUCGAAGCAAAUCCAGAAUAAAGUAGAUAAAGAAAGAACACUGAGAGAGUCUCUACGGCUCUACCAGCAGAUCAGCCAGCACACGGACCUGCCGCUUGUCUGCUCCCAGUACAGACAAGUGCGUUUCUACGAGGGAGUGCUCGAGUUGUGCCUCACAGCAGCAGACAAGAAGGACCCACAAAGACUUGGACCCCACUUCUACAAGAAUGGAGAGCCUGAGGAGGACAGAGUGGGACAGCAGGCCUUCCAGGAAAGACUUUUGUGUUAUAAGUGCAUCACAGACACCAUGCAGGAGCUGGUGAACCAGAGCAAAGCUGCCCCUCAGUCCCCCAGCGUCCCGAAGCAGCCUGGACCUCCUGUCAUGACUUCUGACCCCAACAUGCUCAGCAACGAGGAAGCUACAGCUCACUGUGAGCAGAUGCUUGGCCUGGCCCAGAGGUCUCAGGACGAGUUGUUUCACAUCGCUCUCUACAACUGGCUGAUUCAGGCCGACUUGACUGACAAGCUCCUAGAGGUGAAUUCCCCGUAUUUGGAAGAACAUCUGAUGCACAUGAUCAAGCAGGACCAGAGUAAAGUUCACAAUAUGGACCUCUUGUGGCGCUACUAUGAGAAGAAUCGAAACUUUGGCAAAGCUGCUCAUGUUCUGGCCCGACUUGCUGACAUGCACAGCACUGAGAUCUCUCUGAAGCAGCGUUUGGAGUAUAUUGCCCGAGCCAUCCUGUCUGCUAAGAGUUCCUCGUGCAUCACCGCUCAGGCAUCUGAUGGAGAAUUCCUUCAUGAGCUGGAGGAGAAAAUGGAGCUUGUGCGUAUUCAAGUACAGAUCCAGGAAACUUUGAUCAGACAGUACUCCCAUCAUCCCUCGGUGAAAAAUGUCAUCUCUCAGUUGGACUCGGAGCUCAUGGACAUCACAAAGCUCUACGGAGAGUUUGCCGACCAUUUCAAAUUGUCCGAGUGCAAGCUGGCCAUCAUCCACUGCGCCGGACACUCUGACCCAAUCCUGGUGCACUCACUGUGGCAGGAGAUACUGGAGAAAGAGCUGGGAGACUCUGUGGCCAUGAGUCCAGUAGACAGGAUGAGGUCUCUCAAUCUGAAGCUGGUAUCACUGGGAAAGAUUUACGCUGGAACGCCGAGAUACUUUCCACUGGAGUUCCUGGUGAAGUUCCUGGAGCAGGAGGUUUGCCGACUGAACUGGGAUGUGGGAUUUGUCACGUGCACCAUGCAGGAGAUUGGAGUGCAGCUGCCGCGUCUCCUGGAGGUUUACGACCAACUCUUCAAAACUCGGGAUCCCUGCUGGCAGCGGCUGAAGAAACCCCUCCAUCUGGUGGAGUGUAUCCACGUGCUUCUCUCAGGAUAUGUGGAUGAUCCCAGCAGAGUACCGACAUAUGACAGACGCCGCUUCACUAAUGUAUGUCUUGACAACAUCUGUGGAUACCUUGUAGAGCUGCAGUCGCUGAGCCCAAACUCAGCCCUUCAGCAAACCAUCGGCAACUUCAAGUCGCUGCAGGCGAAGCUGGAGAAACUCCACUGACGUUUCUAAUUACAUUCAUCAUCAGGACAAGGGACAGGUGACCUCUGGGUCUUGCACUGUUGGCCUUAAAGUAAACAGCCGAUUUAAAAGUGUGAUUACGUUGUCAGGAAGCACAAAAUGAUGGCGUUUGUACUCCACAGUAGAGGGAGUAGCCUCUUUAUCUCUUCAGUGUGUAAUCCUCUGGUAACAACAAACGAGACUGAAGAGAUGAGUUUUAUAACUUAUUUGAUACAUUUUGUUAGUCUAAUCGUGCUGAAAUGUAACUUUAGAAAGAAAGGACGCUGUCAUUUGCGUUGUGUGCAAACAGCUGUCGGAUACCUAAAAGUGGUAGGAUGUUGAGUUUAGCUUUUUCCAACGAAACACGAAGAAGCAUGAAAUUGUUCUGAAAGCCUUUUCACCACACGGGAAUGAUUUUGAUUGUUCUGCUUUUGCUUCCAAACAAUUUAGCGUUGUAUGUUGUAAUUAUGUAUAUAACUUGGCCUCGUCUCUCCUGCCAAAGGACAUUCACACACUUUGCGUGUUAUUCAGAGUGAUGAUUUCGUCUGCUUGGGUGGUAAAACGGUGCUGUCGUGUAUGAGUGCUUUUGUGAUUGUUUUGAAUACGGAACUAUUUUUAACACGGCGCCGUUCACAGCGCUACACUGAAAAUUCUGGCCUGCAUUGAGAACAAGUGAAAACAUUUUUAUAAAUAAAUAAAACCCGUCAUUAAUUUUG